AUGCUUUCAGAGUUUGCUCCGGCGCCAAGAUCACUGGCCGCUGCUUCUGCAUCUGCUCGGGGUCAGCAGAAGCAGCUGGGCCAUGAGCGAGGCUUGAUUUCGCGAGGUGAUCCACACAACUACUGCAUUGUCGAGGAAGUAGAAAUUGAUCAGCAGGUGUUGUUCGUUCGCGGCUGGGUGAUGGGCAAAGUGCUGGACCCAUGUUUGGCAGAAAUUAUCGCUUCGCCGUUGCAAGCUUUCGAAGCAGAGGCGGAAGAUCCGCCCCGUGGCCUGCGAAUGGGGGGAAUGCAGGUUCAGCUCCUAUUUACGUCUGAUUCGGACAUCGACACCGGGAACUUCGAGGACCUACGUUUUCGAUAUGGACCAGAUUAUUCAGACGUGUCAGCAAAGGAUGUUCCUGACAUCGCGGCUUGGGCGAUACGAUGUGCACGUUCUUGCAUCUCCAGCUUUUCGGGGGCCAAAGAUCCCCGAACAGAGUUGGCCCAGGCUCAGGCUCCUGUCGGCCUGUUGCAGCUGCCUCGCACGCGUGGGGAGAGGUUGCGGCAUUUGGAGAUCCUUGACCAAGUUCCCUUCGAUCUCGUUAAUGCUUACCACGAGCGGGAGGCGGAGCGAGGUCAGCUUGUUGGUGCGGCUCGAGGCCCCAUCGGGAAGAUUCUGAGGCGACAUCGACAGGAUGAUUCGACGACUUUGAUCCGAACAAUGCUUAAGGCAUGCGUGGAGAAGCGCUGGGAUCCAAUGCUCUGGGACACUUUCGCGGAAGCCGUGCAGACCGAGCAGAAUCGGCUCACUCCCAGUGAUAUUUCUUUGGUGUUGUUCUGCUUCAUGAAGGCCGACUACCGACGCGACGCCUCCCUUGUUCCAGAGCUGCUGAAGAUCCUGGCCUCUUUUGCCGUGAUGCCAGCUGCAUCUCCUCGGUCUGCACCCGGACACGCUUCGAACACGCUGGCGACGGUCGCCACAGCAGCCCUUCCCACCAGUGGGCGGAAGCAUCGAAGAAAAAGCGUGCAGCCUGGGGCUUUGAAGGCCAGGCCGGGAGGCGGCCGUCCUGCGAAGAAGGCGUCCUUUCCUGAGUAUGCUUUGCUUGCGAGCUUUGCCGCUGCCCAGAACUUCAGCCUGGGCAAGGCCUCCGGGGACGACCUGGCCAAGUUGUGCGGUCGCGCUUUGCAGAGUUCUUCUGAGCUUUCAGGCCGUGUCCUGUGUCGAUUGGUGCACCACAGCGGUAGUCUUAUCCAGGCGACGGGAGGAUGCGGCCCUGCAUUGAAACUGCUCUUGGGGAUGCAGCAGGAGCUUCGGCAGCGUCUACUGGCUCAGCAAGCAGGAGCAGACGCGGCAAUAUCGGCAUCUGAUCUAUGCCUGGUAGCGCACGCCUACGCGCAGAUUCCGCAGCGAGCGGACAAAGGCUUGUUUCAGGAGAUUGAGAAGAGACUGUUGGAUGAUGCAUCGCUGAUCGAGCCAAGAGCUUAG